AGAACAGUUUAGAAGGCCACGAUGUUGUUCAACUUGAGGAUAUUCGCAGUGAACCAUAAGAAUAUAUCCAGUUUUCAUGUUAAUAAUAUGUGUUGCUGUAAAAUAAGAACAAGUUUUAAAAGUUUAAAACCAUCUGUACAUCAUGGAAGAAGUUAUAGUUCCCUACCAGGAUUAAUAGGGAGUGAUAUCAAAUCCCUUCAUUCCAUCAUCAGUCCUCCAAUAGCUAAAAUUCGUAAUAUUGGAAUUAUGGCUCAUAUUGAUGCAGGGAAAACUACCACCACAGAAAGAAUAUUGUACUAUUCUGGAUACACAAGAUCACUGGGAGAUGUUGAUGAUGGAGACACAGUGACAGAUUUCAUGGCUCAAGAGCGAGAAAGAGGCAUAACGAUUCAAUCAGCCGCUGUUACAUUCGAUUGGAAGGGGUAUAGAAUUAAUCUAAUUGAUACACCAGGUCAUGUUGACUUUACCUUGGAAGUUGAGCGCUGCUUAAGAGUGCUGGAUGGUGCAGUGGCUGUAUUUGAUGCCUCAGCUGGUGUAGAGGCACAGACCCUCACCGUGUGGAAGCAAGCUGAUAAACACAAGAUACCUCGCAUCUGUUUUUUAAACAAGAUGGACAAAACUGGAGCAAGUUUUAACUAUGCAGUUGAAAGCAUCAGAGAGAAAUUGAAGGCAAAACCAUUGCUUUUACAGUUACCUAUUGGAGAAGCUAAAGCUUUCAAAGGGGUAGUGGAUAUAAUAAAUAAAGAAAAACUUCUUUGGCAUCCCAAUUCAGAUGACGGAAAAGACUUCGAAAGAAAACCUCUCUUGGAAACGAGUGAUCCAAAGUUGCUGAAGGAAACAACAGAAGCAAGGAAUGCCUUAAUUGAACAAGUCGCAGAUUUGGAUGAUGAAUUCGCUGACUUGGUUUUAGGAGAAUUUAGUGAAAAUUUUGAUUUGCUACCAGCUGAAAAGCUACAGACUGCAAUACAUAGAGUAACACUGGCUCAGACAGCUGUGCCUGUACUUUGUGGAAGUGCUCUGAAAAACAAAGGUAUUCAACCCUUGUUAGAUGCUAUUACCAUGUAUUUGCCUUCACCUGAAGAACACAACUAUGAAUUUCUGCAGUGGUAUCAGGGUGACUUAUGUGCACUGGCAUUUAAAGUUCUUCAUGACAAGCAGCGAGGACCACUGGUUUUUAUGCGUGUUUACUCAGGCAUGAUUAAACCCCAGUUGGCUGUCCACAACAUUAAUGGAAGCUGCACGGAGAGAAUAAGUCGCCUGCUUUUGCCAUUUGCUGACCAACAUAUAGAAAUCCCAUCUCUGAGUGCUGGGAACAUUGCUUUGACUGUUGGGCUCAAACAUACUGCAACUGGAGACACCAUAGUCUCAUCCAAGUCCAGUGCAUUAGCUGCUGCUCGUCGAGCCGGAAGGGAGGGAGAAAAGAAGCAUAGACAAAACACUGCAGCUGAGAGACUUUUAUUGGCUGGAGUGGAGAUUCCAGAACCUGUUUUCUUCUGUACCAUAGAACCCCCAUCAGUGGCUAAGCAGCCAGAUUUGGAUCAUGCAUUGAAAUGCCUUCAGCGUGAAGAUCCCAGUUUGAAAGUGAAGCUAGAUCCUGACUCUGGACAGACUGUCCUGUGUGGUAUGGGGGAGUUACAUAUUGAGAUUAUUCAUGACCGAAUCAAGAGGGAGUAUGGACUGGAAACCUAUCUUGGACCUCUCCAGGUGGCAUACCGAGAGACCAUCCUAAGUUCAGUUCGUGCCACAGAUACCUUAGAUAGAACUUUAGGAGACAAACGGCAUCUUGUGACUGUAGAUCUGGAAAUAAAGCCAGUUGAAACCUCAUCUGUUAUGCCAAUUAUUGAAUAUGCUGAAAGUGUUAGUGAAGACCUUUUGAAGACUUCUGAAGAGGCAAUUGAAAAUGGAAUUCACAGUGCAUGCCUUCAAGGACCAUUGCUCGGAUCCCCAGUUCAAGACGUGGAGAUUACUUUACAUUCACUAAUAAUUCAUCCUGGUACCUCCACAACUAUGAUUUCUGCUUGUGUCUCAAGAUGCAUACAAAAGGCUUUGAGGAAAGCUGAUAAGCAAGUUCUAGAACCUCUGAUGAAGCUUGAGGUUACAAUGACUGGAGAUUACCUCAGCCCUGUCCUGGCAGAUCUGGCACAAAGAAGAGGGAACAUUCAGGAAAUUCAGACUCGACAGGACAACAAAGUUGUUACCGGAUUUGUUCCCUUAGCAGAAGUUAUGGGUUACUCAACUGUGCUUCGAACGCUAACAUCAGGCUCAGCUACUUUUGCCUUAGAAUUGUCUAAUUAUCAAGCCAUGAAUCCUCAAGAGCAAAGUACACUACUGAACCAAAGAAGUGGCUUGACUUACAGGCCUUAGCUCCUUGGACAUGGAGAGAAAUUGAGGAGCACCUACUUACUUCAUUUUCAGUAAGAAUUUUCACUGCAUUCUUUAUGGGGCAAAUUGUUUCACUAUAUUCAAAGAACUAGAUAGAAUUUGGAAACUGACUGGAGCUUCCCAUCACACU